UCUCUUUGACUCUAUCCAUCUGUAGUGUAAACUCCGUCCCCUUAUCUCCUUCCGUUAGUUUUUCCCCAAUUUUCCUUCAAAUUCAAUUCAGGGUUCUUAACAAAACGAUUCAUCCAAUUUUUAUACAAUUUGCUUUUACCAGUUUCUCAUCUUUGCUGUUCAGACUCAGUCUUCAAAUUUACUCAUCAAAUCCAAAUUCACUCUAAUCUAUCUUUAAAAUUUCUUCAUCAUCUCUUUAAUCUGCAGUCAUCUCUUUUGCGAGAUCUGUCUCUGCAGGACCGCUGCUUUUUUUCUUGUUGCUCGUUUUCAAUUAUCUGUCGCAAGGUUAUGAAGACAUGCCUUUGUCAAAACAGUAUCGGUGCAUACACUCAGCAAGUUGUGCAUGUAUCAAAGGGCAUCUACCUGAAGAUGUGAUUCUUCUUGUUUUUGAACGGGUUAAUUGGCACCCUAAGUUGAUUGCAGCAUUCUCAUGUGCUUGUAAAUGGUUUGAUGAUUUUGCAAAGAGGGUAUUAUGGAAAGAGUUUUGUAAGACUAGAGCUCCCAAGAUGAUGCUCGAUCUUCAAUUGUCUGGUAGCCAUAGUGUUGAUGGGAGUUGGAGGGCGCUUGCGAAAUUGCUUAUAUACUGUUCGGGGUGUACCAAAGGUGGCUUAUUCAAUAACAUUAACGUUCCUAGUCAUUUUGUUUACAGAGCUAGGUUCUCAAGAACUUCAGGAAAGAGUUUUCUUUUGCCACAAUGCAGAUCAGAUGUUUUAUAUGUUUCGGACCCUUGUGAACAUCUAGACCAGGGGGAAGAUGGGGACAUUGGAUUUUUUAGGGGCAUGUUUAAGUCCUUUUCAAUGUCAAAAGUUCGCAAGUUGCUGAUCAAAAGAGGUGCACAACUUCUCUCAACAGAGUUGUGCCCUUAUUGUAAGGCAAAAUUAUGGAGUAUGCAGGCAGCAAAAAUGAUACCCCAAAGUGCUAGUUGCAGGUUAGGGGCUUACGAAGAUUGCAUCGAGUAUUAUGUUUGUCUUAAUGGUCACAUGUUCGGGGUCUGCACACUCUUGCCCUUGUCUGAUACUGAGGAAGCAUCUGAAUUAGAUUAAUGGUCAACUCAAUUACAGGUGUAACCCAAAGCAUGUUGGUAUUAUAGAAAAAGGGAUGUUGAUUUGAAUAUAUAGGAAUAGGAGUAACCAAAAGGAUGAAGAUAAGAUCUAUGGGAUUGAAAUAGUAUGGCUUAUUCAUUAUCAAUGUACAUAAUGCAAGGACUUUGUGUUAAAAUUAAGAUUCAUAAGGUUUUGGGUGCUUCAUCUGGUUUUAUAAACAUGUAGCCAUAUAGGGUGCUUUCAGUUCACCUGAAUAUCAUGUAUUCUAUCUUACAUUAGCCCUGAACUUGUCUUCACUUAAUAUAUCUAAAUAUAUUGGCUCUAAAUUUUCUUAAACCUAAUUUAUUUGAACUUAUUGUGGUUGUGUGUUAUAAUGAGAUAAUCCUAAAUGAUCUUGAAUUUAUCUUAUGAAGUUAUGUCCUAGAAUUUUCAUAAAUUGGAAACUUCUGAUUUGAUUUUCUUUCUAAGUUGAACCCUGUGGUUGUUUUGUACUUUUGUAUUUACCUCAAAUUCUAUGCUUAACCACUUCAAGGAAGCUACGAUCAAGUAUAUUCUAGUUUCAUUAACUUCAAAUAAGUACCUAUAGGUUUACAUACAACUGUUUCCUGAUCAAAAGAAUUCAUCUGUUUUGUUUAUUGAACUUGGUAGCUUUGACCUAAAGCUUCAUUAGUUUACCUUUUAUUGAAGUGAAGGGACCUAAGUUUGAAUGGAUUCUUAAGCUGGUCUUUUUUAUGGGGUGAACUAACUUCGUGCUGUUGUCAUCUUUUGAUAUUUGAAGCUAGGCAGAUGAUAGAUUUCAUAAUUCAUUUGUAAUGAAAAGGCCACAUCAAUCUUGUUAAUAAAAUAUGUCAAUGUUAGCUUCCCUUAGUAAACAUGGUUUUUAUUAUAUCCAAGUCAUUGGAAAUUAGAUCUUCCAUGUGUUGUAUACCGGCAUGAUGUAAGAUUAUUGUGUGCUUUCUCCACCCGAAAACUAUAAAACUCAGUACUCAGCUAGUCUUCUUGGAUAGCAGCGUGAGACUUGGGUAUGGGGGCUCAAGAAGGGGAAGGGGAAGAGAAGGAGAGGGAUGAUAGAUGAGUUUUCUGGUUCAAAUCCUCUCCAUUUUAAGAGAAUUUACUUUCCAACACAAUGUGAAGGAUCUUAUCCUUCCAAUUCCUUUUGCUUCGUUUCCCACCACUCAUUUAUUAUCCAAAUAGAGGAAAAUACAUCCUUGCAUAUCAUCCUCCUUUCUUUCCUCCAUUUUAUUCAAUCCAAACACAACAUUAAUCCACCCUAACCUGCUCGUACCUUUUUUGGCCUGUUGAUGGACUGGGCCGCGUAGUAAGUGUCUGAACACAAGAGUCAAUUGGUUUUUAUGUUUAUGUAGCUUAUAUGAACCUUAGCCAUGUGACGGGUCAUGACUAACUAGACAUUUGUAAUCUUCCUAUUUAUUUUUAGGGUUAUAACUGACUCAAGCUAAAUAAACAGGAAUGUGUUGUGACUUGUGAGAAGUAAACAAAUAUUUGCGUGGAGCCUGCUUUACGGACUACCGUGGCUGUUGCUCUUUCAAUCAUGUUGAUUUGCUUUCUCUGCCCUUCUGUUAGUAAUUACUUUGAUUGAGAUAGUGCAUACAACAUUGUGUACCCAAGGUCUACACUGGCCAAUUUGAGCUCUGUUUUCUGUAUUUCUUUUGGUGUCACCUUCUCUCUUUUGUAGGAUGCUGGCUUCUAUCCUUAGCCAUAACUUUGUUGGGAAAUGUUUUAGAUAUGUUUCUAGAGUCUAGACUAAGUUGAAUUGAUUGGUCUUACACAUUCGC